GGUCGUGAAUCCGCUAUGACCUGCACCAUCGAAAAGAUCCUUACAGAUGCCAAGACACUAUUGGAGAGGCUGCGGGAGCACGAUGCAGCUGCCGAGUCACUGGUGGAUCAGUCAGCGGCACUGCACCGGCGGGUAGCAGCUAUGCGGGAGGCGGGGGCAGCGCUUCCGGACCAGUAUCAAGAGGAAGCAUCCGAUAUGAAGGACAUGUCCAAAUACAAGCCUCACAUUCUCCUUUCCCAAGAGAACACACAGAUUAGAGACUUGCAACAGGAAAACCGAGAGCUAUGGAUUUCCUUGGAGGAACACCAGGAUGCCUUGGAGCUCAUCAUGAGCAAGUACCGGAAACAGAUGUUACAGUUAAUGGUUGCCAAAAAAGCAGCAGAUGCUGAACCAGUCCUGAAAGCUCACCAGUCUCAUUCUGCUGAAAUUGAAAGUCAAAUUGACAGGAUCUGUGAAAUGGGAGAAGUGAUGAGGAAAGCAGUUCAGGUGGAUGAUGACCAGUUUUGUAAAGUUCAGGAAAAACUAGCUCAAUUAGAGCUCGAAAAUAAGGAACUUCGAGAAUUAUUAUCCAUCAGCAGUGAGUCCCUUCAAGUCAGGAAAGAAGACUCAAUGGACACUGCUUCUUAG